AUGUUUGACAUAACAAAUGCAAACGUUGGUCAUACUCGUAAAGCUCUUUCGCAUGAUGUUCGUCAAGAGAUGUUUGACAUAACAAAUGCAAACGUUGGUGAAACAAGAAGAAGAGACGACACACUGAAACAACAGAGAAGAGAGAUGUUUAAAAGUGCUAUAGAACAAGUUCGUAAAGCUAACGAUGUCAUUCGUUCCAUUGACGACAAACCAAAAGAAGGUGAGAGAUGGUUAAAGAAAGAUGAAGAGAAUAGGAAGAGAAAUGUGAAGUCAGGCAAUAGACUCAUUGACUUUAACAUCGAAGCUUUAGAUGAACCAAACAGAGACUACUUACACAAACAUUUCGGUAAGGUUUUCAUGAGACUCUUAGAGAAAAUUAAAAUAAACUCACAACAGAGAUGGAUGGUAUGUUAUAAACUUGGUGGAAAGUAUGAAUGUUCUACGUUAAACCUCAAUAAUAUUGGAACACUACUACAUCAGCUCUUGAAGGAGAACUUUAUAUCAGAGAUAGAAGCAAAUGCUGCAGGUAUUGUUGAAAUGCACUAUGACUUCUUCUUGACAAACAUAAAGAAUCUUACCGAAAUAAAGAUGUAUGAUUUAACAGAAUAUGAAGGCUUAACGAUGUCAGAUGUAAAGAAAGGCAAACCAAAAAAGAGACCAUAUAGAGAUGAAAGCACACUGACAAAUGACCAGAAAGCCAUUUUGGAAGCUCUUAAGCAAACAGGAAACCCAGCACUUAUAGAAAGCUUUUGGAAAGAUAAUGGUGAAAAGAAGUUUUAUAAGAAGAGAAGCGGUCAGUUCUGGAAGUAUCUUUGCACAUUACCUAUAAAUCUUGAACGCUACCAAAUCUUCAAUGAACUGAACAAAAGAACUGCAACACUUAUGACAGAAGACAAUUGUUUCGUUUAUGCUUGCAUUCAGGCUGGAGUAGAUGAAGAAACUAUUGACCACAUGAGAGAAGUCAUUCGUGUUAGAGACUUUCCUCAAA